UUAAGACUCGACGAUCCAGUCGUCUUCUGUGUUAGCGGUAUAGAGAAAAAAGAAGAAGUAUUUUCACUAUGGUGGCGAAUUUCAAGGUCUACAAGAAAUGUUCGCCCAACGGCAAGCUCGCUGUCUACCUGGGCAAACGCGAUUUCAUCGACUAUCUGUCAGGCACCGAACCGAUCGACGGGGUAGUCCUGGUCAAUCAGGAUUACGUAGACAGCGGCAGGAAGGUGUGGUGCCAACUGGUGUGCAGCUUCCGGUACGGCCGCGAGGAAGACGAGGUGAUGGGCCUUAACUUCCAAAAGGAUCUCUAUCUGACAUCGGAGCAGAUUUACCCGCAAGUUAAGAAGUCCGAAUCCAAUCCUACCAAGUUGCAGGACAGGUUGCUGCAGAAACUGGGCCCGAACGCGAUACCGUUUAACUUUACAUUCCCGCAAUGCGCACCGUCCAGCGUGACCCUUCAGCCUGGACCCGAGGAAACUGGCGAGCCCUGCGGCGUCAGUUACUACGUGAAGGUGUACUGCGGCGAAACGGAGACCGACCUGACUCAUAAGCGGAGCACAGUCAUGAUGGGGAUCCGCAAGAUCCAGUACGCGCCGACGAAGCAGGGUCGUCAACCCUGCACCGUCGUCCGCAAGGACUUUAUGCUGAGUCCAGGCGAGCUGGAGCUCGAGGUCACUCUGGACAAGCAGCUGUACAAUCACGGGGAGACAAUUGCCGUCAACAUAUCCGUGCGCAACAAUAGCAACAAAGUGGUGAAGAAGAUCAAGACCCUGGUGCAGCAGGGCAUCGAUGUGGUCAUCUUCCAGAACGGUCAGUUCAGGACGGUGAUAGACGCGGUCGAGACGCAGGAUGGCUGCCCGAUCAAUCCAGGCUCGACCCUGCAGAAAGUCUUCUAUCUGAAGCCCAGCAUGGGCAGCAACAAGCAACGUCGCGGCAUCGCCCUGGACGGCAUGAUGAAGCGAGAAGAAUGCGAACUCGCAUCCAGCACCCUGCUCACCUCGCCAGACGUGCGCGACUCCUUCGGCAUCAUCGUCUCUUACGCUGUCAAGGUCAAGCUGUACUUGGGCGCUCUGGGCGGCGAGUUGACAGCCGAGCUGCCGUUCAUUCUGAUGAGAUCCAAGCCGGCCGAUCGCGUUAAACUGGUCCAGACAGACAGCGUGAUGAUCGAAGACAUCCCGCAGGAGAAGGCCGACGAGAAAAUCAGUUCCUAGAUAGAUGCGUUUCGAUCUUUGCAGCUUCGGGCUUCGAUUCGUUAAUUGUUGAAUUAAACAGAUUCAACGAG